CCUUAGUAAGCGGUACAUAAGUCUUAAGGUCCGCACCCUUACAUUACGCGAUAUUACUUUUUUCUUCGCGUAGGCGCACGCGCGCGAUCGCCUUCUCCCCGGAAGUAAUAGUGAUACCAUCUCCAGAACUUCCGUGCCGCGAAGAGUGACCAGACAGAAAAGACGGGGUCUACGAUCAGGAUACCGAUAGUCCCGUGAUGCGGGUGAGGGCGAGGAAUAUGCCGAAGUACUCGCUAAUACUGCUUUUUGCAGUCGCGUUCACCCUUUCCGAGGGAACGGUAUUGAGUCGAUGGAAGCGACAAGAUGACAAAAAGGAUAAUGUAAAGGACGAAUUUUGCAAGGACAAGGAUGCUGGUGAAUGGUUCCGACUUCAGACCGGAGAAGGAGAUAACUGUCGAGAUGUUAUCCAGUGCACCAGUUCCGGAAUCCAGGCUCUGAGGUGUCCCGCUGGACUGUACUUUGACAUCGAUAAACAGACCUGUGACUGGAAAGAUGCAGUCCACAAUUGCAAGUCUACGAACAAAGAACGGAAGGCCAAGCCCAUCCUUUUCACCGAAGAGCCCCUUUGUCCAGAAGGUCAACUUGCUUGCGGAAACCAGGAUUGUGUAGAGAGAGGUCUCUUCUGUAACGGUGAAAAAGACUGUGCUGAUGGUUCCGAUGAAAAUAUUUGUGAUAUGGACAAUGACCCUAACAGAGCACCACCUUGCGACCCUGCCGUGUGUGUAUUGCCAGAUUGUUUCUGUUCUGAGGAUGGUACUACAAUCCCAGGUGAUUUACCCUUCAAGGAUGUUCCCCAGAUGAUUACCAUCACCUUUGACGAUGCCAUAAAUAACAAUAACAUUGGCUUGUAUAAGGAAAUUUUCAAUGGCAAACGUCGAAACCCUAAUGGAUGUGAUAUCAAGGCGACCUUCUUCGUUUCCCACAAAUACACCAACUAUUCCGCUGUCCAGGAAAUGCACAGAAAGGGACACGAAAUCGCAGUUCACUCCAUCUCGAAAAAUGGCCACAAGGUGUCAACACGCCGGAAGAGACAUAACGACGACGAGAGCUUCUGGUCCGACGCCACGGUAGAUGACUGGGCUAAGGAGAUGGCAGGCAUGAGGGUCAUCAUCGAAAAAUACGCCAACUUGACUGACAACAGUGUGGUUGGAGUCCGAGCACCAUACCUCAGAGUUGGAGGCAACAACCAAUUUACAAUGAUGGAAGAACAAGCUUUCCUAUAUGAUUCGACUAUCACUUCGGCCCUCAACAAUCCUCCUCUAUGGCCUUACACCAUGUACUUCAGAAUGCCCCAUCGCUGUCACGGAAACUUACAACACUGUCCAACCAGAUCACACGCAGUCUGGGAAAUGGUGAUGAACGAACUCGACAGAAGAGAGGAUCCCCAAAACGACGAGUACCUUCCAGGUUGUGCUAUGGUCGACUCUUGCAGUAACAUCCUUACUGGAGACCAGUUCUACAACUUCUUAAAUCACAACUUCGACAGGCAUUAUGAACAAAAUCGUGCUCCGCUUGGUCUCUACUUCCACGCAGCCUGGUUAAAGAACAACCCGGAAUUCCUCGAUGCCUUCCUCUACUGGAUCGACGAAGUCUUGGCAAAUCACAACGAUGUCUAUUUCGUUACAAUGACCCAAGUCAUCCAAUGGAUCCAAAACCCCCAAACUGUGACCGAAUCAAAGAACUUUGAAUCCUGGAGGGAUAAGUGUGUCGUGGAUGGACCACCAGCCUGCUGGGUGCCCCAUACGUGCAAACUUACAUCAAAGGAAGUUCCCGGGGAAACCAUCAAUCUCCAAACCUGCAUCCGAUGCCCUAAUAACUACCCAUGGCUCAAUGAUCCCACCGGAGACGGCUUCUUCUAAGUCAAAACCUCUUAAAAUUGAACGGAGCUUUUAUACGAAAAGCAAAGCUAUUACACAGAAACGAAACAUUUAUAAAAAAAGGAAAACGUGAUUCGCGAGAUCGCGCGAUUAUCGUCCUCAGUCGGUUCGGGGACGAAGCCUAUGUAGCUCUCGUUUAAAUUAUAAGUCAUAGGACGAUUGCAUCGCGACCUUUCAUUAAAAAUGUUUACCGGUACUUUCGCGUGAUGAAGAACAGCAUUUCGACGUUCCACGCGAAGGUGCAAAAAGAAUCUCUUUAUUAGGAAAAUAGGAGAGAAAUGACGGACUUGAUAAGUCCGCAAGUGAGACUCGAUAUGUAAUAUAGACGCCUCCCGUUUCCUUUUUCAAAAGUUAAGACCCCACUCCUAUCCUUUACCUAUCCCUUCCUAUCCUUUCCUCCAUCACGCUCCUUUGCUCCAUCUUUCAGCAACCGCCAAAUCUUCCCGGGGCGCCCUUACUUUUCUAAGGGUCGACCAAAACUAUAUAAAUAUAAAUGUGUAUGUAUAUUUUAUAAAGUAAGUGACAUCAAUUGUUCCCAGAAGAAAGCGACAGAUCUUUAAUAAAAGUCUUUUAAAAA